AUGUCAUCUAGCAACAACAACAUCAACAACAUCAACAUCAACAAUCCUUUAAAACAAUCAUUACAUAAAGUAAUUAAACAAUUAAAUAAUCUUCAUUCAUUCAAUCAAUGGGAUCAACGAAAUCAAUAUGAAAGUAGCUUAACCUCAACUUUAGAUAGUUUAAUGAAACUAUUAAACUAUACAAACACAUUCGCAGACUUACAAAUUACUACUGCUAUUACAACUACAACUACCGAUAGAACAACGAAUAUUGGAAACUUACACCUACGUUGGUAUUCUAGUCCUAGUAAUAAUAGCAACAACAGCAGCAGAAAUAUUACCAAACAAAGCAUACUAAAUUAUCUUGAAGCUUAUCAAAAGAAUACAGAUGAAACAAAUUCAACAAUUCAAGUAUUACAACAUUUAAUCCUGUUACUUUCAGUUAAUGAUAAACAGCCGACAAGAAUUAAAAGCUUUUAUUCAAACAUUUUACUUAAGCUUUCUGCAAUGUUAGAACAAAUAUUGAGUUAUCAUCAAGAAUCGGAUCAAUCUUUCAUUAAUUAUAUUACUCGAUGUUUUCAUUAUGAAUUAAAGUUUCAUUCAGAUUUAAAACGGAAAUUUGAACUGGAUAUGAAUAGCGAAGAUACUACUGCAAUUGCAAACUAUUUGGAUUCUUUUAUUUCGGAUAAUAAUAAUGUUCCAUCUCCUCCUCGUCCUUCUUCAAGAAAUGAUGAAAAUGACACUAUCUUCAGUUACGCUGAUAAUGAAGAUGCAGAUACUAAUCAUAACAGCAACCCUAGAAGAAAUGAAAAUAUCGAACUUCCAUUAGAAUUAGAAUCAAAUAAUCAAAGUUUUAACAAGCUUUAUAAAUUGUUUCUCGGUAUACUAUAUGCUAUGAAAUCUCCAAACCCUACCCGUAUUGCAUACGUAUUUGUCAAUUUAUUUAAGAAACAAGAAAAUAUAGACUGUUUCGAAUCCAUCAAUCAUUAUCACAACAAAUUCAUGACUGAUACGAUAAAUAGGUUCCUUCUCCAGAAUAAUAAAAUAAAUGAUUACCAAGCCGAUAGGAUCCUUCCACGAGGACUUGAUGAUAUCAACAAGAAAGUGGUUAGAGAAAUUGUUAACAAAUACAACCCACCACCAUCCCAAACUUCUCAAGGUUCCCAAAAAUCUAAUAUAUUGCCUGAUAUUUUUGAAAAUCUUAAUUUUGAUGAUAAUGCUAAUAAUUCCGAACAAACCCUCAAGCAAAAUCAGAGAAAGACGUUUAUUGAAAUGAAACUUCUAAUCCCAACUUUAAAUAGUCUAGAACUUGAUUUUGAUCCCGAAUUCCCCAAACUCCUAAAACACUAUUUUGAUUGUUAUAAUACUAUUCUAUCAACUAUGGCUCAGGCUUCUGAUCAUCAGUUUGUACCACGAAUUAUAUCCUUAUCAGCGGAAAUUAUGCAGAAAUUGGAUGAUGAUGUGGAUGAAGCUAAUUUAAAAGAUAUUAUUUAUGAGUUUUAUGAAGCACAUAAACUACUAAGUAUAGGCAAUCAUUUGAAUCGACAAGCUUCAUUAUUGAUGAGAGCUAGCACAUUGGAUUAUUACAAGCUGAAAAAACUCAACAAAAUAGUAUUGAGAGGUUGGUACGAAAAAUCUCAAAGAAUCUCACGACUAAAUCGACAUGCGGAGGAAAUGGAAAAGUAUGUAUCCACAGCAGGAACAAAACGAUUUUUGAAGGACUGGAUCUCGAAAACUGUUGAACAUAAUAUUGUGUUAAACGAUCUGGAUGCGUUUUAUGGGAAAAAUUUAAAGGAGAAGCUGGUUUCUCUUUGGAAACAAAAGAUGCACAAUCACAGUCAGAAUCGUUUUGUUGCUGACGGUUUGGUGAAGAGGAAAUUUCUAAUCAAGAUGAAGAACGGUUUGACCGAGAAAAUGGAUCUAAUGAAAAAAGCCGAACAAGUAUUCAACAAUUCAUUAAUUUCAAAAUAUUUCAAUAUAAUCCAAGAGAAAUAUCGUAUUAUCCAAGAGAACAAGUCCAAGGUAUUAGAACUUUCUCAUGCAUUUCGUAUUCAAAGAGAUCAAAGUAUUACAUCAUACUAUUUUUUAAACUGGUACGUUAAAAUGGACUCUCGAGCUUAUGGUGAUUUAUCAGUCUUCAAUGGUUCCCUAAGUGAGAAAUUAAUCCAUUUAAAUCAAUUAGCAAGAAGGUUUGUAUUAUCCAUUUACUUUAAUAAAUGGAAGAAACGACAUAGAUUAGAGAAAACAGUUCAUCUCAUUCAACAGAAUAGUGAUUUAAAACUAGCUCGUCAAAUAUUUGUCGAUAAUUGGCAAUAUAAGGUCGAACUUUCAAGACAAGCAGAUAUUAUUUAUGCUGAUCAUUUAUUCAAAUUAAAAACAAAUAUCUUUAAGCAAUGGAGUACUAAAACGUCUCAAAUGAUUAUAGCCAAAAACUUUUAUGAAACUAAUACCAAGAAGAAAUUUUUAAAAUUUUUGAACACAAGUCUGACUUUGAUAAGAAAUGAAAAUAGUUUCAAAGAAACGGUAAAAAGAUCAUACUGGAAAUUAUUGCUCAUUAAUUACAAUUUAAGAGUGAUUGCUAGAAAGAAAAAUGAAACUAGUGUCGAUGUGAUAUUCUCAAAUUGGAAGGACCAUGCUUCUCAAGUUCGAGGCAACGAGCUUCUGGCACAACGAAUUAAUGAAGACAGAUUAAAAUCAAAGGUAUUACAUCAUUGGAAAUCACGCACUCAGGAUGCAGUCGAUAUGGAAAUAUUUGCAAUUGAAAUGGAUAAAAGAAAAUAUUAUGAUCUAUGGCGGACUCAAACUAACAUUAGUACUGCUGAAUUAGCUAGUUUGUAUGAGAGCUAUAAACAACAACAUCCAAUAACACUCCUGGAUUCAAUCACCAUGAAAGGGGUAUUAAGGAAUUGGAGAGAUAAGCAUCAUGAAGUAUUUGAAAUGCAAGCAACUGAGAAGAUUAAAAUGGUUGAGCAAAUGACAUUGGCAAGAAAAGUUGAAACCUGGCGGAAUAAAUUACAGACCCGUUUAGAUUGGCAAAAUGAAGCUGAAUCGAAAAUUGCUGACUUUCUACGAAAGACUCUUGUUCAACCAAUGGUUCAAUUAUGGAGAGUAAAGUUAGCACAGCGGUAUGAAAUGGAAAUGCAUGCAAAUGAAAUUGUUCAAAAUAAUUUAGGCAAGAAAUUCUUGACGAUUUGGGUUGGCAGAUCAGACAUGAAUAAAGAAAUGGAAAAUAAAGCGGAGGAUUUAUUGGCAGGAAAGGAUUUUAGUAUACUGCGUGAUCUAGUUCGUAAUUGGAACAUGAAAUAUCAUAAGCAUAUCAAAAGGCAUGAAUCACAAUGUCAAUUUUUUAUUGAAAAAAUGGAUCGCUCGAGAAACCAAUCGAUUUUCAAAUUAUGGCAUCAUAAGACAUUAGAAAGGAUAGCCCAUCGGAAUAAUCAGAAUGAGGAACAGGAAUAUAUUGAUGCAAAUACAUCAAUAUUAAGUAGUCUGUCACCACUUGCAAGCAGAUCAAGAAGACAAAUGGCUUCCUUAAGAACACCAGUGAAAUCACAAGCUGAAAAUAGAGGUCCAUUCCUUACACCAUCCCCUCGAAAAGGUCCGAGUCCAACCAAGUUACAAGAGACUAAAGAAAGAAUGGAAAAUCAGAAAAUGUAUGCAUUAAGACAAAGAUUUUCAAGAGUGAAACUUACUCCAAACACAUCUCCAAUUGAUGCUAAUAAGAAUAGUCAAACUGCUCCACCUCUAGGAAGGACACCUCAACGAUUAAAGUUUUAUCGAUUGUCUCCUCCUACAACUCGGACUCGAUCGAUAUCGCCUCCAAAACCACCUAGGUUUACAAAAGAAGUUGAUUUUCUUAAUAAUAGAGUAGAACCUGAGAUUCAAGAAGGUUCAUCUUCUGCAGUUGAAGCCGAUUUGAGAAAUCGGUAUGAUGAUAAUAUGGUUGAACAAGCAAAGCAAAUGAAACGGAUUAUUCCAAAGCGAUUCCCUACUGAUGAGGAAUAUAAUCAGAUGAAACUUUCUAAUGUUGACACAUUAAGGAGGAGAUUUACGGAUGGGUCCUUCCAAGGUUAG